AUGGAACCAAACAACGAACCUACCUCCUCCGACAAUGAACCGUCGACUUCCAACAAAGAUCCCUUAGAUAUCCUCUUACAAUCCAUGGAGUUCCUGGAGCAAUACGCCGACAGCGUGGUGUCUUACUCGUCGAGAUACAACAGUACGUACAGCUUUUCGUAUUCACCCGACAAUCUCACUGGAAAGGCAAGGAAAUAUCCGCAGUACGGUGAUUUUGCUGAUACAUUCAUGCUUAGGACGUACGGCAAAUGGUGGCGGGAGUCCGAAGCGAUCCAACCUAACUACAUGCCCCAAGACUCUUGGGAGAUUGAAUCUGAGGAUUUUGUUGUUGUUAAAUAUGAGUUCCCAGUUGUCCCUACAAAAGUGAUCAUUUAUGAGACCUACAAUCCAGGCGCGGUUGUCCGGUUGUAUGGUCGACUUACAGGGUGCGAUUGGCAUCUGCUGUAUGAGACUUAUCCUGAGAGACCUGAGACCAUUCCAAAAAACGCCGCCAGGUGUUUUACGCCGCCUCUGCGGAGGAUUAAGAAGAUUAUUAAUGAAUUGAGAAUUGAAUUAAAUCAAUCACUUCUGACCAACUGCACCGGGUUGGACGCGGUCCUUUUGGCAGGCUAUAGACCACUAUCCAAAAUUCAAUUGUAUUUACUCACCGACGGUCUUGAAAAAACGCCCGGUCCAAAUUUAAAAAGUAAACAAUCUUGCACCGAUUUAUCAAUGGCGGAAGGACAAGUUAAUUAUUUCGAAAUGUUACCGUACGAAAUCAUUCUACACAUCUUCAAAUUUCUGGAUCUGAAAUCACUUUUCCGUUGCGCGAUCGUCAAUCAGAUGUUCUACCAAGUGACACUGGACCCUACCAUCUACAAAGCCCUCGCGCUGAAGAAGUACUGGAUGAAGGUGGAUAACAAAACGCUGAAAUUUUUCCAGCGGCGCUGCACCAUGCUCAAGAAGAUUGAUCUGAGUUGGUGCGGCAACAAUUGCAUGAUUACGGAGGAUUUCUUUCAGGACUUCCUGCGUACUUCCGGCACACAAUUGACACACCUGUCUGUGGGAAGCUGUGACUUUAUCCGGAAUGUUUCUCUGGGUGCGAUGGCCAAGUGUCCGCAUCUGGUCGAUCUGCGUCUGAACAAUUGCCAGCCCAGUUCGUGGACGUUCACACUACUCAGCGAACUGCAAAAGUUACAAUCGCUCGACCUGUGCGGUACAAACAUCUGCAGCGAUUCGCUGAUAAAAAUUCUUAAAGCAAAUCCACAUCUGAGACAUCUAAUUAUCGAUCAUUGCCAAAAUUUAUCGCAAGUCGACGACAUAUUCGAGACGCUAUCGAACUACAAUCCAAAGCUGGUCGCGUUGAGUGCCUGGAAAGUGCGGACGGCAACACCUCGCGGUAUUCAAUUCUUAUCGCGCUGCCAUCAGUUGCGCGAGCUGGACGUCGGCUGGGUGCUGGUCCUCGCCGAAACGUCGAACUGUCUGGAAAGAAUCGCGCAUGGGUGUAAAGAUCUACGACGAUUGAUCAUCUCCAACUGGCGCAACCUAACUGAUCAUGAGCUAUUGCCCAUAAUCACAACUUGCAAGAAUUUACACCAGCUCGAUUUGCUGGGCAUACGAAAUAUCUCGCCGGAAUUAGUGGGUUAUGCGUUGGCGUCAUUACCUCAUCUCAAACUGCUUGAUAUAUCAUUCUGUUCGAAGAUUACUAUGGAUGAGGUCAUGCUGUGGUCACGGUUGUAUCCGAUGGUGAUUAUUCUCCGACAUCUUGACGACGGCUUUAUUUACUAAACAUGAUUGAUAUAUCGGUGCAGAAACAAGAUUGUACAAUACCUCUUAAAGCAAAUAUUUAUCUUUCUUGCAAA